AUGGCUGCUAAUUCAAUAACUCCGGCCCUGGCGCCGCCGCCCGGCCAGACGUCAAACUGGGUCAACCCAGAUUACAUCGGCACCAAGUUCGUCGUCGUCAAUUGCGUCUUUCUUCCCUUGGCCAUUCUCGCUCUCGCAGUCCGAACAUGGACAAGGCUUUUCGUGGUGCGGAGCUUCCGCUGGGAUGACUAUUUGAUGAUUUCCGCUCUUAUAUUGUCUUGCACCCUCACUGCAGUGACAUGCGACAUGCUUAACUGGGGUCUGGGAAAACACAUGUGGGAUGUCCCAUUAGCCCAUUUGACACCCUCAUUCAUGAAGUUAAACGUAAUCGCCGCCAUUCUCUACUGCGCCGCCACGGGAUUCACCAAAUGCUCCGUCCUUGUCUUCUACCUCCGCAUCUUCCCCAGCCGCAACUUCCACAUCGCGGUCUGGACCAUUGUGUUCAUUGCGGCAGGAUAUAGUGUGGCUAGUAUCCUCGCCAACAUCCUCAGCUGCAGUCCCGUGGCGAUGGCUUGGGACUUGACGAUUACAGAGGGGCAUUGCAUGAAUCGACCGGUGUUUUACUUUGCCAACGCGGGACUGGGUAUCUUUACUGACUUUGCAACUGUCAUUGUCCCGAUUCCGUGGCUACGCCGAUUGCAGAUGCCCCUGCGACAGAAGGUUGCCGUGAGUGGAAUUCUGGCGAUGGGUUGCUUCGUUGGUAUUGUCAGCUGCAUCCGCCUCGCAACGCUAUACCAGCUGAUGAACAGCACCGAUCUUACCUGGGUUACGACCAAUGCACUUAUGUGGUGCGCGAUCGAACUCAACCUGGGCAUCUUCGGCGGCUGCGUCACAGCCAUCCGACCCUUUAUCCGACGAUACAUGCCUCGUCUGUUGGGCCUCUCCUCGGCCGGCGACUAUUCGAUCUCGCAAUCUCGCAAAUACGGCCUUCCCCUCGGCUUCGUCCCUCGCAGCGACCGACCCGAUUUCACAAAUGGCGAGAAUCAAUACUCGGCGACUCUUACGACGCCGGGUGUACACGGAAACGACAGCGAGGAGCACAUCCUCUCGCCGCAUCUACUUGGGAAGGACGUGGAUGGCACUAGCGGGAUUAUUCGCACGGUUGAGUUUGAUGUGGAAAAUUCAUCCACCCGAGCUCGAUGA